AUGUGCCAAUACGUCGGCAUCUCAUACGUGGAAUGCGGCCACGUCCGCUUCCAACUACACUGCUUCUGCCAACAGAUGCUCACCCAACUACAACGCAUCAACGAACCCGAAGAGCAGGAGCAACAUGCCCUGCCCUUCGACCCCGACCAGGCCCAGUGCGAGCCGUACGCUCUCUUUGACGAGAACGGCCGCCCCGAGACAAGAUACGGGCCUGGUUCGGGGAAUGUGUUGUGGUGGGUGUUCAAUCUUUCGGAGCAGUGUCCCGGAUGUGAGGACGUCAGGGCCUAG